AGGUUGAUGGUUCUCUCCACGGUGAGCGGCUUGCUCUGCUGCAGGUAUUUGUUCCCGAACUGGUUGACCCCGCGGGGCCAGCCGGACUGGGAGCGGUUGGGUGUGAGCACGGACAUGGUGAGCGAGGGGAUCUGCUGAUAUCGGGGUACGCGGAGCCGCUCGGGUACCCCCGGGUAACUGGCUGCCUGGAGUCUGUCUCCCCCCGGUCUCCGAAACACACAACGGAAACACAACGGAGCGCCGGAAAACCAAUGACGCCACUUCCGGGCGCAGAGAGCGUGUCCGUCGCCGUUUAGUUACGUCACUGGACUCCGUGCAGCCGCCGCCGCUGAGCAUUCUGGGAGUUGUAGUUGCAGGCGACAUGAGUAGCAAGAGAAGGCAAGGGGACCGAGGGGACCCCAAAACUAAGAAAGGGAAGCGGGAGAUCAAAGCUGGGCUGACCGAGAGCCUGUUAGACCAGGCCGGGAGGGAUGCAGCUAGACAGGCCUGGGAGAGGAGGGAAGCCGGGAACCAUGGUGAGUGAACACAUGGGACAGAUAUGGCUACCAUACACUGCAUACACCCUGGGUUUAAACACACACCAUGCAACCAUAUACACGCACAGACACACCAUGCAACAUAUAUAUAUAUAUAUAUACAUACAUAUACACACACACACAUAUAUACACACGCCAUGCAACCUGUAUACACAUACACACACACCAUGCAACCUGUACACACACACACACACCAUGCAACCUGUAUACACACACACGCACCAUGCAACCUGUAUACACACACACCAUGCAACCUGUAUACACACACACGCACCAUGCAACCUGUAUACACACACACGCACCAUGCAACCUGUAUACACACACACCAUGCAACCUGUAUACACACACACGCACCAUGCAACCUGUAUACGCACCAUGCAACCUGUAUACACACACACACACGCCAUGCAACCUGUAUACACACACACACACGCCAUGCAACCUGUAUACACACACACGCCAUGCAACCUGUAUACACACACACACACACCAUGCAACCUGUAUACACACACACGCACCAUGCAACCUGUAUACACACACCAUGCAACCUGUAUACACACACCAUGCAACCUGUAUACACACACCAUGCAACCUGUAUACACACACCAUGCACCAUGCAACCUGUAUACACACACCAUGCACCAUGCAACCUGUAUACACACCAUGCACCAUGCAACCUGUAUACACACACCAUGCACCAUGCAACCUGUAUACACACAUGCACCAUGCAACCUGUAUACACACAUGCACAAUACAACCUGUAUACAUACACACACACACACACACACACACACACCAUGCAACCUGUAUACAGACACACCAUGCAACCUGUAUACAGACACACACACACACACACACCAUGCAACCUGUAUACACACACACACACACACGCCAUGCAACCUGUAUACACACACACACCAUGCAACCUGUAUACACACACACCAUGCAACCUGUAUACACACACACACACACACCAUGCAACCUGUAUACACACACACGCACCAUGCAACCUGUAUACACACACACACACACGCACCAUGCAACCUGUAUACACACACACACGCACCAUGCAACCUGUAUACACGCACCAUGCAACCUGUAUACACACACACACACACACACACACCAUGCAACCUGUAUGUAUACAUACACACACACCAUGCAACCUGUAUACACACACACACACACACACACGCCAUGCAACCUGUAUACACACACACACACACACACGCCAUGCAACCUGUAUACAGACACACCAUGCAACCUGUAUACACACACACACAAACACCAUGCAACCUGUAUACACACACACACACGCCAUGCAACCAGACACACACGCAGACACACGCCAUGCAACCAUAUACACACACACCAUGCAACCCUAUGCGCACAGGCACACUAUUCUACCCACGACAUAUAAACACACACAGACACACCAUGCACCCUGGACACAAACACACAUACACAGUAUUCACCCUGGAUACAGACAUACACCAGUCUACUCAUGACAUAUACACACCAUGCACCCUAUACACAGACACACAGGCUACUCUAGAUAUAUACACCAUGCACACUGGAUACACACCAUGCUACCCUAGACAUAUACCCACCAUGCACCCUGGGCAUGGGGCUGCCAUAUACAGAGUUCUGUCCUGGACAUGGGGCUGCCAUAUACACCAUGCUAAUGUUUGUGGACAUGGUGUUUGUAUACUGCAUAUAGGAAACAAACUCAUUCAGGGGAAACCAUCACCUCCAAAAAUUACACUUUCAAAUAAAACUAAAAAUCAUUUAUAAAUUCUGUUAAUGGGAUGCUCCACUGCCUAAUUACAACACAUAAAAUAAACAUUGUUUAGAAGAAAUACCCCAGUGAAAACAUGCAUGCCCUUAUAUAUGCAUUUUUUCAUUGAGGGUAUGUCCUAAAACUGCAUAUCUCGUCUUAAAGGACCACUAAAAUCACUCAAGCCACUUCAUCUCAAUGCAGUGGUCUGGGUGCUGUGGUCCUGUAUGUUUAACCCUGCAAUGUAAAACAUUGCAGUUUUUUUAGGGUUAAACAAACCAACACUUGACUGCAAGCUAGAUUUCAUUUUUAACUCGUGUGCCAAAACUGAUUGGACACUUGACUGUGAAAUUAAGAUGAUCAGCUUUAUUAACGGGCGAUAGUAGAUGUAAUCUAUUUGUUUGGUAUCUUCUAGGCUCCAUUACCUUGUCUUCUGCCCCUUUUCCGCACUGUGUGAUCCACCCUGUCAUUCAGAGUUUGGAAUUCCUGGAUGGAUUAAAAGAGGAGCUACUGGGUCUGAACUUCAACGAAAAAUCUAAUGACCUGUACAAGUUUAAACAGGUGGGAAUUGGGAAGUGCUGCAAGAAAGUUGGAUGGGUCCUUUGGAAGGAGUAGAUUGAUUGAUUGGGUUGCAAUGAAGGAGCAAUAAGUAAAAUAAAGGACAGCUGAAUGCCAGAGAACUCCAAGUGGAUUGGCUUAAUGUGCACUAUUAUAAAUGCUGAUGUUCUUUUUCAGUCUGAUGAUCUGAAGAGGCGGAAAGAGCCACAUAUCAGUGCUUUACGGUGAGAAUCUAUGAAUUUUGUGCCUAAUCUAAUUCCUGAGACACUCUUCCUCCACCAUGGCAAAUGUUAAUUCCAGUCACCCAAAUGUUAUGCAGCUAUAGCUUGAAGCACAGUCAGAGUGGGCAAUGGGCCUCUUACAAUAAAAUGUGGAGACCACAUUUUCAAUGUACCUUAAAGUUAAAGGACCACUAUAGUGCCAGUAAAACAUACUCGUUUUCCUGGCACUAUAGUGCCCUGAUGGUGCUCCCACCCUCAGGGACCCCCUCCUGCCGGGCUCUGGGGAGAGGAAGAGAUUAAACUUACCUCUUUCUCCAGCGCCGGGCGGGGAGCUCUCCUCCUCCUCUUCGGCUGAAUGCGCAUGUGCAGCAGGAGCCGCCCGCGCAUUCAGCCAGUCCAUAGGAAAGCAUUCACAAUGCUUUCCUAUGGACGCUGGCAUGUUCUCACUGUGAUUUUUCACAGUGAGAAGCACGCAAGCGCCUCUAGCGGCUGUCAAGAGGCAGCCACUGGAGGCUGGAUUAACCCUAACAUAAACAUAGCAGUUUCUCUGAAACUGUUAUGCUUGUUAAAAAAAAAAUGGGUUAACCCUAGCUGGACCUGACACCCAGACCACUUCAUUAAGCUGAAGUGGUCUGGGUGCCUAGAGUGGUCCUUUAACACAAUAAAAUUAAACUUACAGAACAUUGUACAGUAAAUUUGUACAGUAACGUCCAACACUUCAAAGUGUUUUAUGCUUAUAAUUCUUAAAGGGAACACUCCAAGUAUGCAGUGUAGCAAUGGUUCCAUUCUUGCCUUUUAAAGAUACAGAAAUGUCUCUUCCAAGAUGAUUACAUUUGUAAUGUAGAUCAUUUAUCUUGCUCAAAGUAAACUGGAAUUCCAUAACCCUAUUAUAUGCUGUUCUCAGACAGGUACUGUUUGAGGAUUUCCGGGAAUGGCUGUCGGAUGUUACAGGUGUCAAACUGGAGAAGACAGUUGAUAUGUCCUGUGCUCAGUAUGACUACACAGGUACAGGCCAUGUGUCCAUGAAUUUGGAACUUACAUCAGUGGAUGCUACUGUUUUUAAUUAGUUUUUUCUUUUUUUGCAGACACUUUGCUAUGUCAUGAUGAUGAGUUAGAAGGCAGGAGAUUUGCUUUUAUCCUGUACCUAGUUCCAGAAUGGCUUGAAGCAUACGGAGGAUCCCUUGAUUUGUACAACACUGAUGGUCUGUUUUAAUUAGAAAGUUUCAUAAAAAUAAAGAUAGAUAAAUUAAUAAAUUAAACGCUUAACUUCUGAGCCUCAAAGCUAUUAUAUGCAUCUGUAACUCUUAAAGUAAAACUACAAAAAUCAAAAUAAUUCUUAUCAUAUAUUGGACAGUACAUAUACUUCUAAUGUGACAAGCAAGAAAAUCUAGCAGAUGGGUAAAAUAUUGUAUUAUUUUCAUGCACCAGGCUUGGUUAGAAAUUUCCAUUCUUUGUUAACCCUAUUUCAUGCCAGUACACACAUAUGUGUUCUGCAUAUUUGUGGCUAUAGGAGGUAAAUGUCACUGUACGUUAAUUAGUUCAGCUAGAGAGAGCUUCUGGCUGUCAGGGUAUUACAAGGGCCCUGUAGUCACUACGUAAGAAGUCAAACCACUACCAACUGUUUUGACUAAUUACAUUGGGAGGGGCAACAAGGCACUUUUGGCACCAUAACCACUAGCUAGCAUGUACUGUAGUGUUUAUUGUACUUGGUGUGUUUCUUUAAACAGUUAAUUAGGGGGGUUUAUAAUUGUUCCAUUUGUCCUCUCUAGUCCAUAUAUAAUUUGUGUGCCUUCUCCUUGCAGAAAAUGCACAGCCUGGGUCUAUUGCUAAGUCUCUCAUUCCCAAAUGGAAUUCACUAGUUUUCUUUGAAGUUUCACCCAUUUCUUUUCAUCAGGUGAGAGGCAACACCUAUACUUAUUAAACAUCAAAAUUUAUUGCAUUUUGUUCACUUAAUUCACUAGAGGGAAAAUUUUAUUUUAUAGUGGUUCCUUGGUUUACAAAAAAAAUCCAUUAGAAAAUUAAUGCCUCAGUGUACAGUUUUUUUUUCGCAAUACAAAGCUUGAGUUUCCCCAGGAUGCAUUGCACCUGGGAGGUUUACAGCACGGCCCCUGUGCAUGCUGGAGUUUGUGGGUAGCACGUGGCAUUCUGGAAAUUUUUUGCAGCGGUCUUGGGAACUUUUUUCGUGCAUUUCUCAAGCAGUGGAAAGGUAGGGAGCUGAGCUUCGUCGUUUGCAUGCCUUUUACUGUGUGUUCUGCAUUAUGGGUUGGUUUCCAUGCCAGCUCGUUUUUUACUUUUUUCUGACCUUCAGAAUGGAUUAAUUGGUUUUCAAUGCAUUCCUAUGGGAAACUGCUUUCGGUUUACAAAUUUUUUUCCGCAAUGAGAAACGUCCCAAAGAACGCAUAAAAUUUGUAAACCGAGGUACCACUGUAUUUUGAUGGUGUAUAAAUGUGAUGACGGAAGGUUGAGAAGAAAGGAAUACUACAAGAAAAGUGGCUUGCACAGACUCGCAGAACUAUAUGUAACCAGUUUGAGUUGUUUGAUAUCUUGUAUCUACCAUUGGUUGCCAGGUUAUAUUGCCUUAUUUUUCAUUUAUCAUACAAAGCCUGUUACCUAGACUUUUAAGAAAAAUCAAGAGCUCUAAGUCUACUUACACAGCCUUGUGUAGAUUCAUUGUGGCAAAGAGUACAUCAGAAGUUGUUAAUUUACAUUCCCAGUUAUGAUUUCCUUGCCUUAUGGCUGGCAAAGCAUCAUGGGAGGUGUAGUUUUACACCCACUUUUAAUUGGCCCAUUCGUUUAAAGGAACACUAUAGUCCCCUAAAUUACUUUAGCUAAAUAAAGCAGUUUUAGUGUGUAGAUCAUUCCCCUGCAAUUUCACUGUCAUUUAGGAGUUAAAUCACUUUGUUUCUGUGUAUGCAACCCUAGCCACACCUCCCCUGGCUAUGAUUGACAGAGCCUGCAUGAAAACAAAAACUGGUUUCACUUUCAAACAGAUGUAAUUUACCUUAAAUAAUUGUAUCUCAAUCUCUAAAUUGAACGUUAAUCACAUACAGGAGGCUCUUGCAGGGUCUAGCAAGCUAUUAACAUAGCAGGGGAUAAGAAAAUCUUAAUUAAACAGAACUUGCACUAAAGAAAGCCUAAAUAGGGCUCUCUUUACAGGAAGUGUUUAUGGAAGGCUAUGCAAGUCACAUGCAGGGAGGUGUGACUAGGGUUCAUAAACAAAGGGAUUUAACUCCUAAAUGACAGAGGAUUGAGCAGUGAGGCUGCAGGGGCAUGUUCUAUACACCAAAACUGCUUCAUUAAGCUAAAGUUGUUCAGGUGACUAUAGUGUCCAUUAAACUAAUCCACUGCUCUGAUACUAUCUGUAUGUUAAUAUUAUUUCCUUUUUGAACAGGUUUCAGAAGUGCUUUGUGAAGGAAAGUGUCGCCUUUCAGUCAGUGGCUGGUUUUAUGGGCCGUAUCUUGAAAGGCCCCAACCCUUCUUGGAUCCUUUACCUCUCCGCAGUCCCCACAUACCUCAUGAUGUAAGAAUUUAUUUACUAUAUAUAUAAUUUUUUUCACGGUGUAAUAAAUGAGUUUCCACAGACCACGCAUCUACUGACCAAUGUAUACUUUGGUUUCCACAGCAUGAAAUCCUGUACGAGUGGGUGAAUCCAGUUUAUUUGUCAGUUGAUGCCCAGUCUCAAAUACAAGAGGAAUUUGAAGAACGGUCGGAGAUGCUCUUGAAAAACUUCCUUCAGGUUUGUGUUAAAUGAAGAAGGCACGGUGUGGGAGUAGGGAGGAAAGACAAUAGAACAUGGCAAAACAGGGGUGGGGGUUACAUGCAGAUAUUUGAUAUCGAGGAUGGAAGGCUAGUUAGAGUAUAGUAAAACGGGUUAAAAUGACAGAGACAGAGCAACUAAUGUGGAUAGUAUCAUGGUAGCAUCAUAUCUCCGCAAUUAAUGGAAACUGUCAUUAUUAUAACUGAAAAUAAAACUCUGCAUACAAUAUAACCUCAUGCAUUAUUUUGCAAAAAAUAUACAUGUUAUCCAUUUUCAGUACAUCUGGCCUACCCUGUGGGGGCAAGCAUCUUUAAUCCUCUUUAUUUUAAAACGGGAAGGUCAAAUUGUCAAAGAAUGCAUUUUGGGUUUUUUAAAUGCUUGACACUUGUACAUGUCGUUAGGGUUGCUAAUGGAUUUAGAGGACAUAGCCGAACACAUUUGUUUUUAUUUUUCAUUAGUGCGCGUUAGGAAUUUAGUAUUAACAGGGAAAAUGCAAUGCUCACGUAUGUACAACAAAAUUAAAUGUAACUGGAUUAUUUCGCAGUUACUAGAAAACUCCGUUAUUUGAAAAAAGGUCAAAUAACUUCUAGGUAUUGUCCUUUUUCUACAAAUAUAUAUACUCUUGUCAAAAUUUUGGAUUCUGUGAUCACUAUAAAGCACAAAAAUAUAUUUAGAUUAAUUAAGCAGUUUUGGUGUAUAGCUGAUGCCCCUCCAGUUUCACAGCUCAAUCCUUUGCCAUUUAAUGAAAUUACUUUUUAAUACAAGUAUAGUCACACCAACCGUGGCUGUGACUCACACAGCCUCCAUGAAAACAAAAAAUGGAUUUAUUUUCAAUCAGAUCUUACAGCACCGUGCGUUUACUUUAUAAGUUAUCUCCUGCUCUGUUAAUUGAUCUUUAAAUGAACACUAUACUUUAAAGAUAAACUAUAGGGUCAGAAAUAAAAGCACGUAUUCCUGACCCUAUAGUGUUAAAACCACCAUUCCUCUCCCUUAGGUGUUAAAACCCACCAUAUUAACAGCGCUGCGCAGGUCCCCUGGCACUUGCCCCAUCCCCAGUCCGCCUCUUUAGCUACAUCAUAAUUGGAUUGGCUGAAAUCUGUAAGGAGGUGGGAUGGGGAGAGGCUAAACAUUGUUUUGGCCAAUCAACACCUCCUCAUAGAGAUGCAUUGAAUCAAUGCAUCUCUAUGAUGAAAAUUUAGCAUCACGCUGAACAGCAGUGCUUGCCUCCUGUGCAGCACUGCCCCAGAAAGCACCUCCAGUGGCCAUCUGAGGAGUUUUCUCUGAAAAUGCAGUGUUUGCAUGAAAAUGCCUGUAGGGAAUGAUUAUACUCAACAAAACAACUACAUGAAGCUGUAGUUGUUCUGGUGACUAGUGUCCUUUUAAUCAUACACAAAAUGAUUCUUUUGGAUCAAGCAGGCUACUUGAUCCAAAAGAAUCAUGUAAUGAGAGAUUCAUAGUUAAACAAACUGUGCAAGAAGGGUAGCUAAAAAGUAAUGGGGGAAAAAAAAAAAUACUUAUUUUGGAAGCAUUCAGGGAAGCCGAGUGACUAUUUAUGGAGCCCUAACCUCCCCUGCCAAAAUUAUUUGACUUCUAACUGGCCACAAAUUGAACAGUGAGACUGCAGGGGAGUGAUUUGUACACCAAAACCAUUUAAUUAAGCUAAAACAAAAAAUGGUGCUUUGUGUCCCUUUUAAAGAAUAGUUUCAUCAUUUGGCAAAGGUCCAGUUUUAUAUACCAAAAUUAAUUGAGGUCCUAGUCAUAUUAAGCUGCUUCAAUCAUGACAAAUAAGUUAAUCUAUUUUGAGUUCAUCUUUAUUUACACUAGUUGUGUAGAAACAAGUAAAACUGGACAAAAAAUGUUUGUUUUUUACAUACUUUAUGUGUAGUGAAAAGAUUUUCACAUAAGGUUUUUCCUUAUGUAAUGUAAGGUCAUUGGAGAGAAGCAGGAGGUAGAAGGAACCCUAGAUGUGCAAACAACGUGUGGGUUUUUUUUUAAUUUAUCACCAUUUUUAAUUUGCAGGAAGAAAAGUUCAAUGAAGUUUGUUCGGUUCUUGCAACCCAAUCUAUUGAGUGGGAACAGUGUGGCCCACCUAAUCGAAGGUUGGUGCAGAUCAUGGGACAACAUGUGUUUACAAGUGGGACUGUUAAGUCUUUUUCUAAUUUGUGUCUAUCCCCUGUAGGUGUUAUCAAAGGGCAAGAGGUGAUCUCCCCAACGCCAUUAGUAGCUGCAUGGAACUGCUGAAGUCUGAAGCAUUCUUUCUGCUGCUGUCCAACCUCACUGGCCUUAGUUUACAUUUCUUAUCUACAAACAGUGAUGACUCUGAAGGAGAAGGACCUUCACAAAACAAUCAAUCAGUCUCAGAAGAUGAUAGUGGAGCUGAGCAGUCUGAGACUGAACAAGGGCAAAGUAAGUACAGCCACACUACAUAUCUAAAUCUGAGAAUUCACAGCAGCUUUUCCAUUCAUUGUCUGCUCCUCCAUCAUUUGCAGGUGAAAAGGUUCCUUUAUGUAGUGGAGAGCUGCGUCACUGGACGCAUGGACAUUACACCUUGAUACACGAUCAUGACCCAGAGCGACAUCAAUUUGCAUUGGACCUCCUGCUGUUCUUUGGAUGUAAAGGUCAGAUUCUGGGCUCUUUAAAUUAAAUCAUAAAUUUUAUGUAGAAUAAUAAAAGAUAACUACUUUUCUUUACCAGCACAAGAGAAGCUGGAGGUACUGAGUGUGCAAAAUGACCAUGUUUCCUUGCUUUAAAAUUUUUGAUUUGCAGGAAGAUAUGUUUCUAUCAUCAGAUUGAUUUCUUUAAUAUAUACAGCCACAAUUAAUUUAUGUAAGAUGCCUCAUGUGACAUCUACUAGAAAAGCAAUAUGGUUUUCCUCCAUCACACUUGUUUUGUAAUGUUGUAAUUGCUUGUGACUGCAGCUAUACAUAAAGAAUGGUUGAUUGUAGACAAUAAAUUAUGAUUUACAUUCUAAGUUAUAUACAGUAUAUCAGAAUAGAACUUUUCAACUAGUUACAAGCUCUGUUGCAUUCCAUCUGCACAUUUUACACAAGUCAUACAUGAUUGAUUGUUUGUCCUUUUUAAGACCGCUUAGUUUUGCAAUACACCAAGUUCAGAUGUCUGUUGUAACCCCUCAUUCACAAGUUCUUCUGUGGAAUCAAUCCAACCGCUUAAUUUAACAGUCAGUUAAAUAAAGUACAUUGUGUUUGGUUAAUAAUAAAAUAUUUUAAUUGUCUGUUAAUUCAAGAUGGUCAAAGGAUAAUAGUGUUGUAUAAUGAGGAAUUAUUAGUAGUAGUACUAGUGUUUGAAAUGUUCACACUUUAUUUUAAAUACAGACUGGAAAGAAGAGUAUGGAGGAUUUACAUCUUACAUUGCAAAGGAAGAAGAUGAGGAGGUAAAUCAGACUUUUAGUGUACUGGUAGUUGGGAAUGCAAGAUUUUAGACAACUGCAGGAAAAAAUAUAGUGCAUGUUUGUACAGUAAUAACACAAGUCGCGCUUCUUCUGCCAAAUAUAUGCAGGAUUAGCCCCUAAAGUAUGAACUAUCACAAAUUCAAGGCCAGAAUAGCUGAACUGAUAACAGGUAUAUUGGAGAAUUCUUCAGUUUGACUAUUUUGUACUUCAAUAUGGCACAUUUUUCGUUUCUGGGAGUUCACACUACUGACUUAAUAAAAUUUUUAAACGAAGAACAACUAAAAGUUAAUCACAUGCUUUACACCAAAUUAACUAAUUUGUACAAAUUAAAAUACGAUGGCAUCCUCUAGAGUGCGGGCAUAUGGAAUUUCUCAGGACAUGCAGUUUCAGACGCCUGGCGAGUAGUUCUAUUCUUUUAGCCCUGUUGCGUGUGUGGGUAUGUAAAUCAGUGAUUGUGUCAGAAUGACAGUAUGGGGGUCAGUGAUUGUGCGCCAAAGGAGGACAAGGUCUGAUUAGGUUAAACAAUUUAGAUUUUAGUUUGAGAGUAUAUGCAUAUUAAUGUGUUUAAUAUUAACGUGUCUACUGUAUAUUAUAAGCAUUGCUUUGAUAUGCAUAAAACAAUCCAAUUGUUGUGAAUAAAAAGUUUGCUCUGGCAUGCGUGGAGCGUUGCCAUAGCAACCCACAGCAACACUAUCGCGGUUUGUGAGAGGAAAGGGAAUACUGCUGCUGGAGGGUGCAAGAUGACUCCUGGGUCCCUGCUACAGCCACCAGACCACAGGUAGGAGGCAGGGAAGGGGGGAAAUAGUGUGACGUGUGUGUGUGUGUGUGUAAGCAGUGUGUUUUGUAUGCAGUGUUUGUUGUGUUGGAUAAGUACUGGGGAAAGGGGGUGCAGUUUUUAUUAAAUUAGUUGGGGUUAUUUACCCCAACUAAUUAAAAAUCUGCUUUUCCCAGCACUUAUCCCACACUGUAUACACUGCAUCCACUAUAAAAACACACACAGUGUACCUGUCUAUCUGCGUUUGUUUUGUGUGUGUGUAGCGCUGUGUGUCUGUAUGUCUAUAUAUCUGCAAGUGUAUCAGUGUCUAUGUAUCUCAGCAUCUUGCCAACACUAAACACAAAUACACCCGUGUUCAAACCUCAACACUACAAAACACACCUAAGUUUUAGAACACCACCAUUAUAUAUAAACACACGUGUGUGUGUGUGUGUGUGUGUGUGUGUGUGAAGAAAAAAAAAAAAACUACACACAGAUGCACGCCUGCAUUAAAAUGCCAAUACUACAUUCACUUACAUACUCCAUACAAAAACAUGCUUACAUUCAAACACACAAGCACUACUCAGUGCGAAAUACAUUAAACAGUUUGCAUUUUGUUUUUUCCUUUACAUUUUAAAGUUGAGGGGUGCCAAAUUUAGGAUCUGCCCCGGGUGCCAAAUGCUCUAGGUACACCCCUGCAUACAGGCAGCACACACCUUGCAUACAGACAACACACACAUUACAUACAUCCUGCGCACAAAAUGUUUAGAAAUUUUACAUAAAUCAGGGAUUUUCUCGUAGCCAAAAAACGCAUCCUCUACUGGACAUCAUUGAUCAUACAGAAUUACUAUUUCUGUAUUAUUAGUGUUAAUUUUGUCCACCCUUGCACUCUCAAUGCCACCCAGGUUUGUUAUUUGCAUUAAAUCUCUAACUGUUGUUUCCAAUGUCUAUUUUCAGCUGAAGUUUAAAAAUUAUUUUCUGCAUAUAUGUUCCAUGUUUGAUAAUCUAAAAUUUCAUCCAAUUUUUUUUUUUUAACACCUUAGCUCCUCACAGUUUACCCAGAGAACAACUGCCUGGCAUUAGUCUACAGAGAUAAAGAAACAAUGAGAUUUGUAAAACACAUUAACCACAAGAGCCUUGAGAGAGAUGCCAGCCACAAAGGAUUCUGGGACUUUGCAUUUGCCUAUCACGAAUGACAGUAUGGAAUUUAAGCUACAGUGCAUCAUACUAGGAUUACAUGAAUUUGCAAUUAAGACAUUUUAUAAUCCUACACUUGGCAUGUUUCUCACCUGAAAAAUAACAAAUAUAGCGGUUGUCAGAGGUGUUUUAAUCAGUGUUUGAAGAACAAAUGCCGUAAAAAAGAAUUUAGAAUGAUCUUUCUUGUAAUUUAUGUAACUAAUAUUUCAAAUAGUGUUUCCUGCAAAAACAAAAUUGACAAAUACAUAUUUUUAUUUAAAAAAACAAAAGGUUAAUUUUAUUUUUUAAAGUAUAUAGUUUUCUAUUGCUUCUGAUCUCAGGACGUAUGUCUUAAGUUAAAAUGCUACAGAGGAGGGCGAAGCUUAGCGCCUGAGCCGAACGGACCAUCGCUCGGGGCACUAAUCACUAAUAAUCUGGGGUACCCCACAGCCAUUGGAGCAAAUGCCUGCACUCAACAUAACCAGGAAGGGGUGAGCAACAGACCCAUGCCAUUCUUGUACCUGAAAUCAAGCAAGAAGGCUUGCCACAAAUCUGGGGCCUACCAGAGUAUUCAGCCACAAGGGACCUUGAGGCAGAGCUCUAUAGCUCCCCUUGACAACCCUUCACAGCCCAGACACCAUGGGACUUAGAUCCCAGAAGCCACAGCCUGGCUCCAGCAAAGACUCCCACGACAUUGGUGCAAUGCUGCAAAGUCCAGCAGCCUUCAAGAUGGCAGCCCGGUCAGACCGCGGGGUUAACAGGACAGACUCCUGAGUAGACCCACCUGCAUCUGGAGACACAAUCUCCCCCAUGAAACUUGUAGAGGAAAUGGCAGAACAAGACCCACUAGCCCCAGCUCAUAAACAGGAUAUUGCCAACCUCUUAAGGGAGCUGGACACCAAAGUGCAGACGGUAAAAGCACGCACUCAAGCUACAGAGGAAGAAGUCCAGGAUCUCGUACAAGGGAUAGAAGACCAAAUGCAAAGCCUACAAUACUCUCAUACCUCCUUGACACAGAAGGUAGAUAUCACUGAAGACUGCAAAAGACGAGCCAACAUUAAAAUCCGAGGCGUUCUAGACUCCAUAGGCCAGGCCGAACUGCCACACUAAAGGCGACUGCCAGAAUCACUCCUACCUCAUUCUCAGGCUAAAAAAAACCCUUCAGUUUGACGGCUGCUAAAGGAUUAAUAAAUCCAGAUAGGCCCCGUCCAAUGCCACCCGUGACAUAAUUGUAUGCUGCCAUUCCUUGGCUGACAAGAAUCGCAUCUUAGCAGCAGUGAGGGGCAAAACCCCAUUGGACUUUGAGGCUUCCAAACUGACACUUUUUUCAAGAUUUUACCAGGAAUACCCUACAAUGGCGGAGGACCCUCGGCACAGUCACGGGUCAAUUAAGAGAAGCCGUAGUGGAAUAUCGCUGGACUCUACCGCGAUCCCUUACCGGUACAACAGCGUAUAGCAGAAUGCUUAAACUCACCUCCAUAACGGAUGCUGCAGCAUUUCUUCAAAAACUGGACUAAAUCCAAAUCCUGAUGAGCCUAAUACCUCCUCCACCAAUCUCAUCCUGGGAUCCAGCCCGACUAAGCCUUUCACAUCUGGACCACCCAAUAUGCCUAUAAGUGUAUCUUGUUAAAUAUAUUUUUGUUCACCAUUACCGUUAAUUUAAUCUUUUCUCUCAUGCCUUAACACAAAGUUGAGUAACUCCAUGCCUACCUACAUCUCAUCUACUCACACAGUCUUUGCCCCAAGAUGGCCCAUACCAGCCACAAUAGCACCCAGACUUACAAGAAGGUUUACUAGCUCCGUUCCUUCCCGUUCCCCUUUGUUAGGGGUCAUUCAUCUACCAGUUUAAAACGACAGGUACCUAGCUUGCCAACAGUCAUUUAUAGUCACGCCCGACUUGCCUACACGAGAGUAAGACACUACCUACACAAAAUGGUCUGGUGCCAGACUAGCGCAUUACACCUAAUUGAGCAGCCCACCACCCACCUACGUGUACCCACCUAAGUGUAGCUACGUGGUACCUACACCUAACACAAACCGUCACUAAUCAUGCCGCCCAACCCCAUCUGAUUUACACACAAAAAAAUUUAAAAAAAAGUAAGAGGCCUGCUAAUGUUGAAUGCUUACAACUGUCAAUAUUCCACAUUUGUGCUUUCUCAACUUAUUCUGUGAAACCUAAAAUGCCUGUUACCUUGUCUCAAUAAAACAAAGAUUGGCAAAAAAUAAAAAUGCUACAGAGUUGGAGGCAACACACAGAAGACUGUUUUUUGCUGCACAAGAUGCCAUCAGACCAUCAAAAAAACAAAAUACAUGACAUCCCCUCCUGCCCUUUUGACCAUCUGUACUGGGUUUAAAGUCUGAUGUUGUGAUGUUCUCAUUGGUAUGUUCAAGGUUAAUGCAAAGUUUCCAGGCUUCCCUUGUCAUUAAACUCCGUGGCAGAGGUAUAUCACACAUCGAUUUGUCGUAGAGGAGUACAGUGUUCAAAACUCAAUGCAAAUCACAACCUGCAUGUUUACCCAACCUCUUCUGGUCUUGGUUUGUGGGGUUGUGGUAACAGUGGCAGCUAUUUUCAUGGCUUGUUAUAAUACCCUAAGAUUUUUAUAGGGUUUGAGUAUUUAGUGAACACUGUUCUAGAUAUAAAGCUUUCACCUGACACAUGCUUUGUACUUUUGAACAGGUCUUCUUAACUAUAAACUAAAAAAAAAGAAAGGAACAGGAAAUGUUGGAAUUACCCUUGUGAAUAGAGCAUAUGAGGAAUAAAUGGGCCGUAGUUUCUGAACGUACAACUUCAAAAACAAAUUCCAUACCAAGUAUAGAAACAUACAAGUUAAAAGGUAUAUAGGAAUCUUAAAGGACCAUGCCACACUUACCAAAAAAAACUAAAGUUUAGUAGAUAUACCCCCAAUGAAUACAUACAUGCAUAUUGUUCCGUACGUAAUCAUUGGGGGUAUAGUCUAAUACAGCUUCAAAAGCUGCAGUUUUUAGGACUGCAGCCUUUGUAAGCCCUCCCCUUUUUCACAGGAAGUGACUUUCAGUCCCUUCACGGUGAAUUGACCAAUCAGAGGCUUCUCAUAGGCACACAGCUUUCGACAACUGAAACAGAGCCUUGUGUAACCCAGUGUACAGUUUCACUGAACUUUGCUGGCUGACAGGAUUUUUAUUUAUUUGUAAAAGUCCCUCUACAUAAUACAUCUACAGGUAAAGUAAAUACAUAUGUAUUGUAUAUUAUUAGAAUCUAUAUAUGAAAUUAUAUUCUCCUUUUUCAAGAAUUC